UCGCUGAGUUCCUGGACUAAACAAAACAAAUGACAGCGGACCCGCAGACAUAGCUGUCACAGGGUUAUUGUCACAUGUCACUUGCUUCGACGUGUUUAAAUCUUAUUUUGAUCAUUUGAGUGACAAUGUGGAACUCAGAGCCGCUGCUGAAUAAAUUACUGAGGAGAAAGGCAGCGUAACAAGUACACAGCUAGGCGUUAGCUUAGCUUAGCAUUGGUCGAGCGUCUUCAGUUGUGUAGUACAGGUUAAGUAGUUUAAUCGGAAAUUAAAGCAUGCGCUGGUUUUGUUUAAAUAAAAUGUAUGCUAUGGAUUUUAUGUCUACGCUAGGAGACAUGCUAGUCGUUGCUUUGCUGUCCUUUUCCAGCGACUUUUCUCGACGGGCCAUAUCUGAGUGUUUUGUUUACAAUCGGUGACAAGUGUUUGUCUUCGCAACACAGCCAGUUACUAGCUGCGUAUCACAUCGCUAGCUUUUCCAGCGUAUGGUUGCUGUUUGUGUGUGUCUAGUUUACGCAUUAGGACUGUUCGUUUUCAGACGUUCGGCAUCCUUUUUACCAGCAGACACCUGUGGAAAAGGCUGGUGUGAGCAGACACUAAAGAUGGAGGCUGUAAGACCAAAGAAGACCAAGGCAAAAAACAGCGGAAAAUCUCAGCUGGUCAGAAAGCGAAAGCAGGCAGAGGAAGACAAGAGAGCCACAGCUCCCUCCGCUGUCUGUGAUGAGGUCUCCACUUCUGGCUUCACAGACAUCCCCCUCAGUCUUCCAUAUCAGGAGCCAGAGGAGGAGCUGCAGGACCUUGCUCAGCCCCCUGAGACCACAGCACAGCCAUCAGAUCUACCCUCUGAGGAACAGCAGACCUCCUCAUCAUAUAAAUUAUCCACAUCAGGGUCAACUAAUACUUUACAGUCAACUCUGACGUCACAGGCUACAGUGCAUCUAUCAGAGUUAAUAGAGGAGGUUGGCGGAGUGGCAGAUCAAUUGGUUGAGCUUAAACUUGCAGCACAGACCACCGAGUUGGUAAAAGACACACAGAAAUGGAAGGAGCCUUGUGUUAUUACUCAGUUUCAGAUCCCAAAUGCCCCGAGUGCCCCUGCACUGUACCCAUCUCUUCCAACACUAGAGGAACUCCCCAUGCUACAGCUGUGUGAAGAAGCUGUGAAGAAUAGGGAAAAGGGACCUGCAGUGUUGGCACUUCCUGAGCAGGAAUCUUCGCCUCUAAAUUUGCAGCCUCUGGAGUCUGUAGCUGAACUUUCAAGCAGCAAACUCUACCCAGAAUUACCCAAGACAGCUCCAGAAAUUAAGUCUUUCUCACUGGAGCAGCUGAGUACCUGGGAGCCAGGCGGAGGUUUGCGAGCUUGGUUAGAGGGUGUUGAAGUGUGUGCUGCCCAGUUCUGUGCUCUAGCCCGGCAGGAAAACCAUGAAUUGACCGAACUGCUGCAUAACUACUGGCGCUGUCGUAGACAGCUGACCCAGUCACACACACAGCUGCAUACACAGUCCUCUGAUUGCAAGAGCACACAGAAUCGUCUCUGGAGCUUCAGAGAUGAACAGCUUACACUUCAGGGGGUGUGUGCAGAUCAGUCUAAGGUGUGUGGGUACCAUCGCUUCCAGCAGGCAGAGUUCAGUCAGAGUGUGCUGGCUGAGCUGAGGAAACUGUUUGAAGCUCGCAGUGAGCUGCUCCAUCAAAAGGUGGCGCUACAUGCGUACACUGCCCUGCUGUCACGCCUUCAGGUGGAAUCAUACUUGUAUCGUCUACUAAAAGAUUGUUCCAGCAGCCAAACACAGCCCUGUUCUCUCCAACCCUUGAAAGAGGCUAUCAGCGUCCUGUUUAGCUUCACACGUAGAGUCCUGGAUGACGCACAGUUCCAAACAGACAUCUAUCACUGGCUGGAGAGAUUGGUGGCUGUCCUCUUGCAUGUUGGAGGGUCAGGAGAGCACCUGUACCUGCUAUGCCAUCUUCUGUGUUGUCCUGCCGGGGUUGGCAAGUGGGCUGCACCUUUCCUUCAGAUCCAAGUUUGGAGGAACACAUGUGGAGUGCAGCAAUUCAUGCAAGCUCUGGCCAUCCUAAUGUCACCUGCCAGACACCGUGCAGAGUUUCUGGGACAUCUGAAGCCAUGUGAGAGCCAGAGCUCAGCAGCUUCUGGACCUGAGUCUGGUAACUGGACACUGGUGGAUGAAGGGGGAGAAGAGGAUGAGGACCCAGACAGCAGCUGGUUGUUGCUCUGUGAGGAGGAUCUGAUCUCGCUGCUCACCCAGUUCCCCUUCCAGCAGCUCUAUUCACACAUGCUGGGGAUGAGCAAGCAGGGUGUGUAUGAUCCCCCGGCCAGUUCCAGUCAGAAGAUGAUGCGUGUUUUUGGUUUUGCUUCCUCACUCAUUGAAAUUCUCGCUCUUGGACUGCAAACCUACGACAGGGCACGAUACAGACAGCUAGUCAAACGAAUAGGACACAUCAUACGAAUCACAGUGUGUUAUGUCAGUGAUCACUGGGCCCAGUAUGUGAGUUUAACUGGUGCUGCUGAAACCAACUCACACUCUCUGUCUUUGGACAAACUACAGCUGGAAUACGACCAUCUCUUUCUUAGAGCUGUUUUACAUGUGCUCAGAAACAAAAGGUUGGGCAUCUGGUUGUUUAUGUCCGAGAUGCCGUAUGGGACUCUGUCCAGCUCUAUGCUGUGGAGGGUCCUUUAUGUAAUGCAGUGCGCAGAAACAGCAGGACUGGAAACAGUCGGCACUGCUACUGACACACACUCCUGCAUUCAGGCUCUUAGAGACCCAGAGCACCAAGAGAAGUUUGAGCAAUGGCUGUGUGAUGUGAACAGCUCUGAUGGCAUCUCCCUCCUCACCGCACUAGCACACAUGGCCACACAGACUCAACACUCAGACCCCGCAUUCAUCACAACCAUUACUCUGCUGAUUUACCAGGUGUCUUAUGUGAGUGUGACUACCAGAGAAACUUACUCUAAAGUGGGGAGGGAGUUGCUGGCUGCCAUAGCUACAGUCCAUCCCUACGUUAUCUCUGUGCUCCUGGAGAGACUGAGAGAGACCAUACAAAAUGUAGGAAUGGUGGCUCUGUACUUGUGCAAAGAGCUGCCUCUGAGUCUGUGGCGGCCCCGGCCAGAGGAAAUAUGUAUCAUUGGAGCCUGGUUGCUCCAGCAUCCCCUGUCUGCCGUGGAGAACCGGCUGGCUUGUGUCAUACUGGAGGGUCUGAACUGGGGUUACGCAGAGGAUGGCUCCUUGGCUCUGUCUUCAUCUCUCCACAGUGAAGUGGCUCUGCUGGUGGCUGAAGCCUAUCAGAAGUACCUUACUGACAAACCAUACAGUGGCCUCAUAUCAGAGGGAAUCAAACAGGUGUCUUACAUUGCCAGCGUCCUUCGUUUGGGUGUAUCUCCUGAAGCAUCCUUCAGUCAGUGGGCAUGGCAACUUUUGCUAAGGCUGAAGCUCCAUAGCAAUGCCCAGAACCCUAAAGGAGCCUGGUCGGUUCCUGCUUUGACGUCCAACCCACCUCCAGAGCUUACACACGCUCCCAGCAUGCACUCUGUUAUCAGGGCUGUAAAAGCAGGCAUACCUAUUGGAUGCUACCUGUCCAUUGCAAUGACAACAGUGGGACAUAGCCUGGAACACUUUUGUACAGAUGGAGUUGGGUUGUUGAAGACUCUGAUUCAAUCUCACCACUUGAGAGCUGCUGUGCAUCUGCUGGACAACAUCCUACCCCCUACCUACCCUCUCAGCUUCUACCUUCUCAAAAACUCUCAGUUUGUAAGUUGUAUCCAGCUGUUCUUGCAGUACGACAGCGUGUGCCCUCAAGGGGUGACACAGCAGGUCACUCACCGGGUAGCACCACUCCUCACAGGGACCACCUAUGGAGACAAUGUCCGACUGCUGAACAGUGUCAUUCAGAGUCAUGUGGUGGAGAGUUCACAGCCCAGUCGUGUCGGUGUUGCAGCAGUCCUGGAGUUUUGGGUCGGGCUUUUAACUCAGCAGAACCUGUGGUACCGGGACAAAACAGUCCUGUUCCUCAUGGAUCAGAUAUGCUGUGCUGCAUUUAAACACCAUCAGGAGGAAUGCGUGCAGAAACUUCUUUACCAGCAGCACAAGAAUGCCUUGGGUUACCACGGCGAUCGGGGUCUGCUCUCUUCUCUGGUUGGCUGGAUUGCUGGAAAUGCCACGCCCUCAUUCAUAGAGGGCCAAUCCCUGAGUGUUGAGGUUUGGUUCGCCUGGCUGGUGCUGAACAUGGAAGGCGUGUUUGAGGAAGAUUCUCAGCUGAGGCUCUGUGUUGAACAUGAGCUCCUGUCAGAGGCCAACAGUUCCCCAGAACAAGCCUUAAAGAAGGCGCAACAGAGGCUGAAGCUGCCGGUAGCACCAUCUCUGCAGCGGCUGCAGGUGUACCGCUGGGCAUGUCAGGCCUUAGCCACGCCUCCUGACCACCCCCUCCUUCCUCUGGUCUGGCAAAAGUUCCUUCAGCUUUACCUCAGACAGGCAGGACCUGAGUUUGGGCUGGCUGCAGCUGGAUGUAUCGGCCGAAGAUUCUUCCAGACCUCCUCUCAGGCUGCUUUACUCAGAGACCUGAGACAGAGAAUACAGGAGGUGGCUGACUUCCACCAUGUUGCCAGCCAGGCCCUCAGGGUGCCCCCACCACACACGCCUUCAUCAGACAGCCAGGGCGACAAAAGCCCAGACAAUCCCUGCCCUCCUUACCUCACUUCUCCUCAGCUACACACAGAGCUGGUCAGGUUAUUUGGUGUAUUUGCUAUGUGGUUGGAUGAUGAGACUCUGCAGAAGCAAGAGGUGUACCUUCCCUCUCUCCCUCCCGAGUAUGAACCGCACCGACUGGCACAGCUCAUGCAGCGGCAGCAGGAACUGUGGCUGGAGUAUGUGGACCAGGAGCGCCUGCAGUAUGAUGAGAAAGAGGUUCUGUCUCUGUGGGAAAAGGUGCAGAGUGAGCCAACCUUUUUGCAGGCCCCAAACCCCGGCUUCAUUGACUACACUAGUCUCAACAAUGCAAGGGAGCGUAUCCUCUCCAAUCUGAUGAAGCACCCCGUUCCUCAUCCAGCUCCAGAGCUGCAGCAACAAAAGGCUCCGGUAGCUGAAGUUCCCACCACCUGCCUCACUGACUCUAAAGCUGCUGUUGAACUGGUACAGCACGACCUCAGCAUCCUGCAGGACCAGGCCAGGAUUGCAGUGGCACGCGAAGCCCACCAGGUGGCGAUGGAGCAGGAGCUGCUGGAGAACCUUCCUUUACUGUAUAAGAACCAACCAGAGCAAGUCACCAUGGCCCUGGAGUGUAAAGGGAAGGGUGGGCAGCCAUGCCAGGGACCUGCAAACAUCACUGUCACAUGUGAGCGUGUCCAGAGACAGGAGGCAGUGCAGACUCAGAUAACUUCACUGUGCAGAGACAUCAAGAAGCUUCAAACCGACUCCAUGGCUCCUCCACCUCAAAGCCUGGCCCAGGCUGCUGUCCACACCGAGAACUUUAUCACGGCUCUGGUGAAUAUGUACAAGGCACAGAAAUCACCAGCAGUGCAGCAUGUUGGCGUGUCUGCCUUCUACCAGGUGGUCUCCUAUGUGUGUGAAGACACACUGCGACAUCCCCCAACUCGCCAGUACCUUUCGUCAUGUGUGGAGAUCCUGGGACAGGUGUUUAUUCAGGGCAAUGCAGAGGAAUGUCGCCGUGUCCUGAAGACCAUCCUGGAGGAGAGGCGUCUUUGCCCACUCAUUUCCCCCUUCUUCACUCCCAACGCGGCACCCAAUCAGCUCGUCUUUCUCUACCAAGACGUGGUGACAUCCUUACACCUUGACAGUGCUGAUGUCAUUUUCAUGCUGCUCACAAAGUUUGACUUGUCCCAGUGGCUGAAUGAAGCCCAUCCUGUGUUUUCGGAGAGGACUCGUUUGCUGGAGUUGGUCCACGGAGCUCUCUGCGUAUGCGGCCAAGACCCAGAACCUGAACUUCUCACGCCUUUUCACCUUUUUACCAAACACUGGACUUGGCUUUUACGCCACCAUUUCCCUGAUCACUACAGUGACUGCCUGCGUCUGCUUAUGACCAGCUCCUCAAGCCAGUUACUGAGUCCAGAGUGCUGGAAGGUGACUCUGCGAGUGAUUGGCUGCUUACCUCCAUCCCGCAAUACCAAGAACAAAGCGGAACAAGCCCUCAGCACCACUGAUGUAUCUGGCCGUGCUGUCGGACUCCCAGCUUCUCCCUACAGGUCCCCCAUCAGCCUCUCCCCUCAGCAGGUGGAGGAGACAGUCGAUUGGCUGAGCGAUUACUUCCUGCGGAGCCGGCUCACUAAGCCAGACCUCCGCAGCUUCGGACUCUACUCAGCCUGGACUCCCUACAUCAGUGAGGUUGUUUCCUUCUGGGAGCAUUUGAUUGGUUGUCUAAUCAACACGAAGUUCAGCAGCUGUGCCAGAGAGUCAGUGGGCAGCAGCAAAAUAAUGAAAGCUCUGCAGGACCUACAUAGUAAGACUGUGAAGUUAUUUAAGCCUUGGAUCUUUCCUCUGGACGCCGAUGAUGGCGGUAACCUCAAGUGUUACCCCUGGCUGGAGACAGAUGCGAGUGCGGCAGGAUGUCUGGUUGGCCUGUACGCUCAGCUUACUGACACAAUGCAUCACAAAUUCAGAGAUCGUCUGCUCCCGGGACAAAGAGGUGCAUUGUGGCUGUGUAUGAUGCAGUACUGCGAGAGCUGCACCUCUCCCCGUACGCCGGAGUACCUUCUCUACCUGUACCACACAUAUCUCCGCAGCCUACUCUGGAGACACCUGCACCCUGACACUCAGCUAAUGGAGCAGCUCUUCAAUGUGGAGCGAGGAAGUCCCAAGAGCUGCUUCCUCUUUCUUGGAGAGGUGUUAUGUGAAGUUAACUGGGUCAGCGUCCUGAGUGACCAUUUACAAACGCCUCCUGCCUCUACAACAUAUCCAACUCUACCGCAUAUGGCUACUCAGAAGGAGUCGCACACCAUGUUAGUCUAUCUACUAUACAUGCUAGUUUUUCUGGCAAAGGAGGAACAAAUCCUGAGUCAACAAGACUCCCCUCUACUCAGUCUAUUGGUCCAGUCCACCUCUCUGCCCUGGCACCAGCUGGACAUGUCCUCAUACCAGGGCAUUCUGGGAUAUGUCAGCACCCACUACCCUCCCUCCUUGCUGCUCAGUGCUGAUUCUGCGCCUCAACUGCUGCUGAAAUCACUGCGUAGCGCUGCUGGGCUCCACCCCUGCCCUAAUGAAGUUCCACACAGGGAGGAGACGCUGAAGGUUGGAGAGUAUGUGCGCUGGUGUGUGCAGUCUUUAGUGACUCUGGAGCAAGGAGGCAGCAUCAGCCUCAGCAGCCUGGAGGCUCAGCUGGAGACGCUCCUGGAGAGCGUUGUCACAUUCAACGCACCAGAGACGGGUUUGGAGCAGAGGCACAUGGCGUUCUGCAGUCUGUUCAGCGAUGCUCUGGUUUUGUUGAAUGGAGUAGGUGUCUCAACAGGCGAGGCACUGGCCGCUCAUGUCAUUACUUGGCUGGACAGGAAGGGGAGGGGCUUUCCUAUUCUGCCCCUUCUCACGGCUUGCUGCCGCUGUCUUGCAUCAGUACGGCACAUGACGCGCAUCAUGGAGGCAUGCAUUACAGCGUACUUCAACCACGGUAACCAAAGUAACAGUUUGAAGGGGGGGUGGGUUGGCAACCAUUUUAUUUAACUGAGGAUUUCUAUA